AUGGACGUGGAUGGAUUCCACCCCGCCCAGGCGCCACACCCCUCGGCCCCGCUCGCGGGCGCCCUUGGCCCGUCCUUCGCGGAUUUCUCAUUCGUCCCGGCUGUUGUUACUUCCUCAUCCAAUGUCCAACCCGACGAGGAAGGCCCACGCUGGCGCCCCCGCGACGCCCGCGACGGCUGCGUCCUCCUUGAUUGGAUCUCCCUCAUGAACAAAAGGGAUCUCGUUGACUUCUACAAUGAUGGUCGCCUCCUCACGCGGACCAAACGGGAGCGAUGCAACGCCGCUGACUUUCACCUUGCCAUAUGUGAUCCCCUGUCCAGGAGGUAUGUGCUGCUUCCAACCAUACCUGAGGAUCUGGCUGCCCGGCCGCAUGAUUGCCUAUGGGAAUUCGAGCCCAUUCUUGCUCCCAAAACCAACAACAACAGCGAGGAGGAGCCCUUCAAGGUGAUAUGCAUAGGAAGGUGCCGGAAAAAGGUCGUCCUCUUUGUCUUCCCGUCCACAACUAUGCAAUGGUAUGUGGUCGAGUCCCCUGACCGCCUUUCUUUGGACGACAUGUCCUGUUUUGACUGUGUACGUGACUGCUUCUACUGGACACAUCUCUGGUUUUGGAGUGACAAUUUGAUGGUGCUGGACACAUGCACUUUGAAGUUUUCAACCGUCAAUUUUCUCACCGGCUACCAUCAGCAUCUCGGAGACACUGACCCGAGCUAUGAUAAUCGGCGUCCAAAUGCAGUUGUUGAGGGUAGGGAAGGAUCCAUAGAGAUGUUUUCUCUUGUCUGUCAACACGGAUCCUAUGCUCUCCACCAUACCUCUCUUCAGGAUAAUUCUCGUGAAUGGAAGUUGCAGAAGAUCGUACAACUACCUGGACAACAUCAUGCCUAUUCCAUUUCCACUGUGGGUGCAGCUGAGGGAUUCUUGUUCUUCCAAGGUGCUCUGCCUGGCAUUGCGAUUGGCAAUGUUGAUUGUUACUCAAUGGAUAUCAAAACUUAUGAAAUUGCCAAGGUCUGUAUAAAGACGGUGUAUAUGUUUGAUCGCAAAUGCGCCAUCCCCUACUUUAGCUUUCCACGGCUGUUAUCAGAACCAACUAUUUGA